AUGUCACAACAACUUAAAUACCAAAUUAAUAAUUUUCCAAUUACCAGCUAUUCAUGGGAAUUAGUUGGUAUUUAUUUCAAAAAGAAAGCUGAGCUCGAAGAUGAGGAAGAUCGAAUGAGUUUUUUUUAUUAUUUUAUCCAUGAAUUCACAAGAGUCAUGAAGGAAUCCAAAGAUCAACAGCAGCAACAGGAACCACAACAACCACAACAAGAGAUAGUUCAUUAUAAGUCACUUGAGGAAGUCAUCAGAAGCUUUCCAAUUACCAGUUUAUCACUCGAUUUGGUAACAAUUUUCAACAAAAAGAAACUGGAGAUUAAAGAUGAGUCGGAUCGACAGCUGUUCCUUAUCUACUUUUCAAAAGAACGUUCAAGAAUUGCGAGAGAACAAAAGAAACAACAACAACAACAACAGCAACAGCAACAGCAAUUUGAAACUCAACAACAGCAACAGCAACAGCAACAGCAACAGCAACAGCAACAGCAAUUAGAACAACAAAAGACUCAGCAAGAGCAGCAAUUUGAACAAACACAAGCUCAGCAACAACAACAGCAACAGCAAUUUGAAACUCAACAACAGCAACAGCAACAGCAACAGCAGCAGCAACAGCAACAGCAACAGCAACAGCAACAGCAACAGCAACAGCAACAAGUUGAGCUUCAGCAACAACAUCAACAGCAAUUAGAACAACAACAGACUCAACAACAGCCACCACAAACAGUUGGACAAAAGCAAAUGAACAAUACAUAUCAAUUUAAAAAACCAACUAUAAAUAAUAAAAAAGAAUAUAUAAACAACAAUAACAACAAUAACUACGAUAACGAUAAUAUAAAAUAUAAUAACAACAACAACAAUAGCACUAAAUCAAUAGGAAAUCAAAAUACAUAUCAAUUUAGAAUUCCAAUAAAUCAAAAUAAAAUAGAAUACAAUAUUAAUAACAACUAUGUAAACAACAUUGAUAACAUUCAUAACAUUAAAUAUUACAUUCAAAACUAUAAAAUAAAAUUCAAUAACAGAUCAACACCAAACCAAAACACCUUCCAAUUUAGAAGACCAACUAGUUGGAAGAAGAACAACAACAACAAAAUCAUCAAAAUCAACACCAACAUUGACAACACUGCCAAUUACAUUUUAAACAUUAUUAACAAUAUCAAAAACAAACCAAUACCAAAUAAUAAUACUUAUCAAUUUAGAAUACCGAGCAAUAAAAAUAGAUCAAUGUUAGAGGAGUUUGGUUUCUUUGGUCAUGGUCUUGGCUAUAUGGUGGUGGUACUGUCUGAUUUCUUUGGUCAUGGUCUUGGCUAUAUGGUGGUGGUACUGGUCGUUGCAUGGGUGGCAGGGUGGGCACGAUCGAAGGAUCGUUGUACAGGUAAUAUUAGAUCAAUUUUAAAAGAGUCUGGUUUCUUUGGUCAUGGUCUUGGCUAUAUGGUGGUGGUACUGGUCGUUGCAUGGGCGGCAGGGUGGGCACGGCCGAAGGAUCGUUGA